CGUCAAGGCAGAUCACGAGAUGGUUUGAAAGUCAUCAGACCGGAUGAGUUUGAUUCAGUUAUCGAGUUUCAUAUCGAGGGACUGCAGCUUUCAGAGAAGCGCAUUAACAAGAAUAGAAAAUACGUUCCAGGCUUCUGCUAUCUUCAAGUGGAACAAAGGCGCGAUAAACUACAAGAAAAGUAUCCGAAAUUAGACAUUGUUCCUGCACUACGUCUGAGAGUUGAUGAACAUACCAGAUACAAUGGCAACUCAGUAAACGCAGAUAUUCAUGCUGUCUGCAAAUGGAAAGAAGAAGAUGCAGAAAAGUCCCUAGUAAUUGCCAAUCAAAUGUUGGUUUGGCAUAUCAAUUCAGCCGGCUAUGAGAGAUACACUUUAGAUGUCGCAAGAACAAUCCAGAAACAUAGAUACAUACUUACGGCACACCGAAUAUUAAAGACCUAUUUCACCAAAACAAAAGCCGUCGCAAAAAGUGAGAAUCGAUCACCUCCACCAAUUGCCACGGUCUUAAAAUCCUACCAUCUAAAACAAAUAGCAUUCUAUCUGAUUCUUUAUGCUUGUCAUCUCUAUCCGAGUACACGAAUUGAUGGCGUCCAACGAGCUCUCGUUCUAUUCGUUAACAUUUUGCAUACAAGUCUGGAGAAGAGACACCUGCCACAUUUCUUUUACUCUAAUUCUGGUAUACGGAACAUGUUCCAAGGUUAUCCUACACAAGAGGGAGCUCUUCGUUUUGAUUUGUAUCGGAAAAUUCCAAAUGAAUCACUUCGCCAAGCUGAAAUAUCUUAUCAGAAUCAUCUCAUCAAAGAUAUAGGCUUUGGGAUGACUGGCGGAGAUCAUGACAUUUCAACGUUGAGAUCGAAAUUUUCAAACGAAAUUGAGCAAGGUGUCUACUUCUAAUGAGAACAGAACUUGAAAACAUAAUGUUUCUGAAAAUAUUAAGCUACUGUUGGUUGAUUUUGUUCGCAAUGUCAAUGAAAAAUCAUUUGCAAACUCAUUGCUAUUUCAAGACUUUCAAAUGUAAUGUUUUUUGUAUAAAGAUUAAUUCGGUGCUGUUUUGGGGAGUUUGUCGUCACGAAAGCGCAUAUAUUUUAAUGAAAGUUUGGGACAUAUGCUUGACGUGUAAUAAUACAUGUAGUUUUACAUUUAUGUUUUCUUGAACAAAUAGAUAUUGCAAUAAUUCAUAUAAAUUAUACUGUUUUUAGCUGAAUUUUAAUAAUAUACAUACGUUUAUGACUCUUGAGGAAAAUGCAUGUAUUCCAAUAAUGUUCCAAUUAUGUUAUCAAAGCAACGGUUUUUAUCACUUUGCAACAAUUCAAUUGUUGAU